CCAAUUUCGAAGAAACUGCUAAGAUUGGUCUAUUUUUACCAGCGCCAUACCAAGCUUGACCAAGAAGACGACUUGGCAAGAAAAUUUCAGAGCCUUCUAAAUUUCAAGAAAUCUUCAGACUAACUUCAUCAGAGACAAAACUUCAUACUCUUUUAAUUUUCUUAACCGCUUCUCACUCAUCAGAAAUCAGUUACUUUUGGAGAAGAGUACCAACUUUUGACUUUAUGGGUUUGGGCCAUGACAAUCGUGUAAGGUCAAAAGAGACAGAGUUUGGCUAUGGAAGGAAAGCUAGACCAUCUAUAACCUCAGUGUUGGAUAAUGUCCGUAGAGGGUUUGAGAAAGGAUCAGACAAGAUCAGGAGCUUCAAGAAACCAAUGAGUUUUAAUUCACAUAAGAAAGAAGAGAAGAGAAACUCUAGUGGAACACAGAAGAAGAACAUCAUAAACCCACAAGGCUCUUUUCUUCAGAACUGGAACAAGAUCUUUCUCUUUGCUUCUGUCAUCGCUCUCGCCAUUGAUCCCUUGUUUUUCUAUAUUCCUAUCGUUGAUGGAGAAAGGCACUGUCUUAAGUUGCACUCUAGCUUGGAGAUUGCAGCUAGUGUGCUUAGAACAUUUGUAGAUGCUUUCUACAUUAUUCACAUUGUGUUUCAGUUUAGGACAGCUUAUGUCUCUCCUUUGUCCCGGGUUUUCGGAAGAGGGGAGUUGGUUGAAGAUCCUAAAGCCAUAGCUAUAAAGUAUCUCUCCUCCUACUUCAUCAUCGAUGUUCUCUCUAUCCUUCCCCUCCCACAGCUUGUAGUGUUAGCUGUUAUCCCCAACGUGAACAAGCCGGUCUCUUUGAUCACUAAAGACUACCUGAUGGCUGUCAUAUUUUCUCAGUACAUUCCAAGGAUUCUUCGUAUAUACCCACUUUACAGUGAAGUCACAAGAACAUCAGGCAUAGUCACUGAAACAGCUUGGGGUGGAGCUGCUUGGAACCUCUCUCUCUACAUGUUAGCCAGUCAUGUGUUUGGAGCUUUGUGGUACUUAAUAUCAGUGGAACGAGAAGACAGAUGCUGGCGUGAAGCUUGUGAGAAGAGACCAGAAGGUUGUGACUUUAGGUUUCUUUACUGCGAUGAAAACAGCAGCGUUGUAAAUGACUACCUGACUACUUCGUGCCCCUUUACCAACCCUGAUGAUAUAACGAAUUCGACUGUCUUUAACUUUGGUAUCUUCACUGAUGCUCUCAAGAGUGGCAUUGUUGAGUCAGAUGAUUUUUGGAAGAAGUUCUUUUACUGCUUCUGGUGGGGUCUGCGUAAUCUAAGUGCACUGGGACAAAACCUCAACACGAGCAAAUUCGUUGGAGAAAUCAUCUUUGCUGUAUCAAUUUGCAUCUCUGGACUAGUCCUAUUCGCACUACUUAUCGGUAACAUGCAGAAAUAUUUGGAAUCAACAACAGUUCGAGAAGAAGAGAUGAGAGUGAGGAAACGAGAUGCAGAGCAAUGGAUGGCUCAUCGGAUGUUACCAGAGGACCUGAGGAAACGUAUCAGAAAGUAUGAACAAUACAAAUGGCAAGAAACCAGAGGAGUUGAAGAAGAAAACCUUCUGCGUAACCUCCCUAAAGACCUCAGAAGAGACAUUAAACGCCAUUUUUGCCUCGACCUCCUCAAGAAAGUACCUCUGUUCGAGAUAAUGGACGAGCAGCUCCUAGAUGCCGUGUGUGACAAGCUGAAGCCAGUACUCUACACAGAGAACAGCUACGCUAUUAGAGAAGGAGACCCAGUGGAGGAAAUGUUGUUUGUUAUGAGAGGGAAGCUGAUGAGUGCCACCACGAACGGUGGCCGGACGGGAUUCUUCAACGCCGUGUACCUCAAAGCUAGCGACUUCUGCGGCGAAGAUCUUCUCACGUGGGCGUUGGAUCCUCAAGCUUCAUCUCAUUAUCCGAUAUCAACGAGGACAGUUCAAGCUUUAACUGAAGUAGAAGCCUUUGCUCUUGCAGCAGAAGAUCUCAAGCUUGUCGCCUCGCAGUUCAGACGGCUCCAUAGCAAACAGCUUCAACAUACUUUCAGGUUUUAUUCGGUACAAUGGAGGACAUGGGGAGCAUCAUUUAUACAAGCGGCGUGGCGGAGACAUUGUCGGAGAAGAUUGGCUAGGUCAUUAACGGAGGAAGAAGAUCGCUUCCGAAACGCGGUUGCAAAACGCGAACGUAGAGCUGCAUCGUCGUCUAGUCUUGUUGCGACGUUAUAUGCGUCGCGGUUCGCGUCAAACGCGCUUCGCAAUCUGCGUCAGCACAAUACGCUGCCUUUGCUUCCUCCGAAGCCAUCAGAGCCUGAUUUCAGUGUUGAUGAUGAUUGAAACACUUGUAAACAUCUCUUCUACGAGCCUACUUUUUACCACUUGUAAUUUGUAAAUUGUCAACUAAAAUAUACUCAAAUUUUUCAGACGGCCAUGUCGAUCAUUGUAUACAAUCUCAAGAACCAUCUAAAUAGCUUCAAUUAACAGUUUUAUUUUCAAACUGGGGAGAACAAGAGAUUCACAUUUUAAUUCGACAAAACAUGAACAGAUGUCAGACCUGCCUUCACGUAUCUCACGCCCUAUUUCUUCGAUCGAGAAUCCUAGUUGGUGGCGAGAGAUAGGUUCUGACAUGCGAUGAGAAGGAUGGAGGGCAAAGUAAUGGCAUUUUGAAUGAGACUGUUGAAGAGGGAGCUGGCAUUUCGAACAAGGAGGAAACAUGAUUUCAAGGGCUUCAAGAGAAGAUGAACACGGAAGAGAGGAAAUUGUUGUUUUUUUUUUUGUAGGGUUAGAGAUGAACACGGUAUAGAGGAAAUUGUUGUUUUUUUGUAGGUUUAGAGUAUCGGCUGAGAGAGAUAUAUUUUUUGUGGAAAGGAAAGAGAGAUAUAUUUUUUGUGGAAUGGAAAGAAAAAUAAGAGUUAGGGAGGGAUCCGGGUUAAAAUCGACUAGGUUUGGUUCGGGUGGGUUAACUUAUGUUAGGCCAUGUCAAUUGCGGGUUCAGAAGAAAAAUCUACACAGUUCCCAAAAAAAAAAUAUAUUAAAUAAUCUGAUUCGGUUGAACCCGUGUCGCGUGAACUCGCUGCGGUGAUAUCGGAUCGUCACUGUUUCACCAUGUGGCGGGCCAUGAUUCGACCAUUAUUAAUUUUUUUUAGAAAAAAAAAUCUAUCGAAAAAAUCAAUUAAAUAAUUAAAAUUGGAGCAUUGGGAAUCGAACUUUAAAGUUUACCAAUGUUCAUGCUCUUAGAUCUUUAGACAAAGAAAUCCAUUUAGAACUUGU